AUGACCCACCGGUGCCUCCUCCAGAUGGUUCUCCUGCUGUGUUUCUCCACCACAGCUCUUUCCAGGAGCUACAGCUUGCUUCGAUUCCAACAAAGGCGGAGUGCUGCGGUGUGUCAGAAACUCCUGUGGCAGUUACCUUCAACUCCUCAACAUUGCCUCGAGUUCAGGAUGGACUUCCAGAUGCCUGAGGAGAUGAAGCAAGCACAGCAGUUCCAGAAGGAAGAUGCCAUAUUGGUCAUGUAUGAGAUGCUCCAGCAGAUCUUCGGCAUUCUCACCAGAGACUUCUCCAGCACUGGCUGGUCUGAGACCAUCAUUGAGGACCUCCUUGAGGAACUCUAUGGGCAGAUGAAUCGUCUGGAGCCAAUCCAGAAGGAAAUAAUGCAGAAGCAAAACUCCACUAUGGGAGACAAGACCGUUCUUCACCUGAGGAAAUAUUACUUCAACCUCGUGCAGUACCUGAAGUUCAAGGAGUACAAUAGAUGUGCCUGGACAGUCGUGCGAGUGCAAAUACUCAGGAACUUUUCUUUCCUGACGAGACUAACAGGUUAUCUCCGUGACUGACAUCUCCCACCUGUGGCUCUGGGAAGGGACAAUGUGACUUUGAGGUGAGACUCUUCAGCCAGCAGAGGCUCUUGAAGUAACUAACAAAGCAAUGCACUGGAUUUCAAUGGACAGUUAAAGACUAAGCUAUUUUAAAAUUGAUUUAUGCAUUAUUUAUUUA